CUUUUCUUUCUCCAUGAAUAAAACAGUCGUGACACUAAAGAGACAGUUGCGUAAAGAUAUGGCAGCCCGCUUAGAGAAGGUCACAACUCUCGACCUUCAAAAGCAAUCUGACUUAGUGUUUGAACGAUUGCAACAACUCGAUCAGUUCAAGCACACUAAGAAUAUUAGUAUUUACAUAAGCAUGCCCACCUGCGAAAUAAUGACCAAAAACAUGAUUUAUCACAUACUUGAAUCUGAUAAAAAUUGCUUUAUUCCUCGGUGCACUAAAGACACAAUGGAAAUGGUCAAAAUCAAUAGUAUACAAGAUUUUGAUUCACUUCCUAUCAACAAAUGGAAUAUCCCUGAGCCACCUCUUGAUCAGCCAAGAGAGAAUGCCUUGGAUAGUUCUGGUUUAGAUUUGAUUCUUGUACCUGGUGUAGCAUUUGAUCAAAAUAGAAACCGCAUUGGACACGGGAAAGGUUAUUAUGAUCGCUAUAUCAAAAGGUGUAAAGUAUGGGCUAAAGAGCAUGGCGUAUCUCCCCCAAAAACAGGUAAUGUACUUGAUACAUGUAAAUGUACUUGAUACAUGUAAAUGUACUUGAUACAUGUAAAUGUACUAAAUGCUCUUUCUCUAAAGUUGCACUCGCCUUAAAUGAACAAAUUGUACCUAUAGGUACUAUUCCUCUUGAAGAAACAGAUGAAACAUUAGAUGUUGUUCUGACUUCGACU